AUGUCAAUCAGGACCGCCCUCAGAAGCAUCGCCAUUGAAUCUGAACCCCCUUGCAACGACCGCAUUGAGCCAGUGCCGAAGCAAGACUUCCCACACGCAGACUAUCCGCGAUGGAUCGGCCACAAGUUCAAGCCGGAUGGCACUGUUCUACCAUUUCCUGGCAAUACCGUUAUCUGCCAUCUGCCCCGUCAGGCCCCGCUGUACCGAUCACUGCUGGGUUUCGAGGAAGACGUGAAGCAACAAGAUUUUGCCAACCUCUUUGUCUUUCUACCGGCAUCAAGCUGGCACAUGACGAUAUUUGAGGGCGUCUCUGAUCAAAUCCGCAAAAGAGAAUCGUGGCCGGGUGAUUUGUCCUUGGAUUGCAGCCUCGAGGCGUGCAACGACCAUGUUCGCAAGAGGAUGGCGAGCUUUGCACUUCCGCAUCGACCGCCAUAUAGGAUGUGUGUGGCAGGAUGGGAGGCGCUCGACGACGGUAUAGCUCUCAAAAUGACCCCCAAGACUCAAGAGGAAGAGACCGGAUUGCAAGACCUGCGAGACAAGAUUGCUGGAGAGCUGGCGAUGCAGCACCCCGGCCAUGCGACAUACUCUUUUCACAUCAGCAUUGCAUAUAGCUUGCGCUUUCUGGGCCUGGAGGACAAAACUCGCAUCACAUCAUAUCUUGAUGGUUGGCUGUUGAGGUUACCAAGAGACGUCGAGCUCGGGGCUCCAGAGUAUUGUACUUUCCAUGAUAUGUGUGCAUUCAAGCAGGUAUUCUACCUCGGCGCAGAUCAGUAG